AUGGCACUCUCAGCUUUGCCAAAACAAGAAUUCCUUGUCUUCACUCUAAUUUUCUUGGCCAAACUGUGCUGCUACACUGCAGGAGAUGCACAGGUUGUCCCCGGACAAAUGAUUGCGAAAGCGUUGUCGUGUUUCAAUAACAAGAUCAUUUAUUCAGGAUGUGAUGAGGCAUAUAGAUUGACAGAGAGUGGGAAUCUUAAUGUACCUCCUGAAGCAACUAACCUGUUCUGUAAUGGACCUUGUCUAGGUGAGACAAGAUUAGUGUUGAGUUGCAUUAAUGAUGUGAUCUCAGGUUUUCUUUUCUACAAUAAGGCUACCGUAAGAGACAUAAAUUAUGCACUUAGUUCUGGCUGCAGUUUCACUAGCCAAAGAGGUAGGUCAUAG